AUGCCCUCAUCUUCGUCGUCAUCAUCACAACCAAAUGUUUCCCAACACUUGAAAAAGUUUUAUAAUUUGCUUCGGGAUGGAGGAUUGAUUGGAUUACCACCCUAUGAAAAGGUUCAAUUCAACCGCGUCAUCAUCAAAACAAAUAAUACUAGUAGCUGCAAUAGUUAUUCAAAGAAGAACCGAUCGGGAUCAUCGUCAAGUAGUAGCACCAUGAAUCUAUCAUCACCAUUUGAAUCCAUUAAAGCGUUACGAGUGAAGGAUGCGAUGGAAUUGAGAAGGCACAUUGAGAAGGAAGUUGCUCGGACCAGUAAACGAGAAAUUGAAAACUUUUGCUUUGCACUCGAGUCCAUGAUUGCCGAUGAGUAUUUCUUUUCCUUGUGUUUGAUUCCUUUCGAAAGUGGAGAAGGAAAUGUCAGCUUCUCUUCCAAUGAAUCCUUUUUCAAAAUGCUUCUCAAUAUUUCAACCAUUCAGAGUAGUAUUUUUGAUGUCUUAUUCAAAGAGCUCAUGUCCAGAUGUCCCAAUUACGAGGAAGACUCCUUCGAACAAUGGGAUCGAAAUUUACCCAAGCUCAUUCUUUCACAAAUGCGUUGGUUGGACAUGAUUUCAGAUUCCAAGUCAUUGACAGAGCACAUUGGAACCAUUUUAGAGGUUGCCUCUACUGAUUUUGCAAAAGAAAUGAUUACUGCAAUUCCUGAAAUUAUUGAUGACUCGGAACAUGAUCAUAUCGUCGACAAGCUCGAUCAAGUCAUGCAAGACAAAACAGAAAUGACAAGUUGUGUGAUCGAUGCCUUAUCAAAUCUGAAUUUACAGAAAGAGGUUAUGGACAAAACAACAGAACGAGUUUUGGGAAAUUUAAAUUCAGCCUCGACCGACGACUUACCUGUAAUUAUCAAAUUUUUACUUCAAUCUGCAAAUGAGGAAAAUAUAUCAAAUGUGGUUGAUGGAAUAAGGAAGGAUCUUGAUGUUUCAUCAUUCACAAUGCAAGACGACACUCAAGAUAAUGACGAAAAUCAUGAUCACUCGAGUCGAAAGAAUAAGGGCAAAGGUUCAUCAGAAUCGCGCUGUGAAUCGCUCAUUAUUAGUGCCAUGGCUACUGGUAUUAGACAUCGAAAAAUUAUUGAGAAGAGUUUUAUUCAAGCCAUAUCAGCCUGCGAAGAAGAACAUACCAUUAAAAGAUGCAGAGCAGGUACUAAAGAAAAGAUCAAAACAAAACGAAUUACAUAUGAACUCUUAAAAUCUUCAAUCGAGAAUCAUGGAGAAGCAUUGGAACAAUAUUUUUCCUCCCUCAAUGAUUUGGCUAGUAGCUUACUCAGAAACACAACUGACACCUCCAUUUCACAAUUUGCUAUGGAAAUGUAUUUUUGCAUGUUUUGCUCUUUCAAAGCAGACUACAACAAACAGAAGGUCAUUCAAUCUCUCAUUACACAUGUAGGAAGUAGCUCGAAAAACGAAAAGGACUUGGCACUUGAUGUUCUCUUAAUGAUUGCAAACUCCAAGUUAUCCUUAUUGAGAAAUUACUCUAGCUUUUUCCAGGUUCUUACCCAAUCAGGUGUGACUAAAUCCACCAAGGACGAAUUAAUGAUAAUUAUCAGAAAACAACUCAGUAAUACCAACACUGUAUAUAAGAAGAUGGGAAUCAUUGGAGCAUGCUCGGUGCUGUCAAUGCUUGGCUCGAGAAGUUCCGAAUUUCAAGCGCUGUCACAAGUGAGUGAUCAACAAGAUUUAUCCGAUGAGGAAUUUGAGGAAGCCAAAGACUUGUGGGAGUUUGCUCUCAAGUGCUGUUUUCGUACACCUAUUUUCAAAACCAUUCUUUACGAUGAAAUGACCUUUGUAAUUUUAGAUUCCUUAGAUCCUAAAUUGACAGCUGAAAUCAAGAAUCGAUUACUCCAUGAUUUUUACCAAAGAUGUACCAUUGAAAAACCAGACCUUAAAAAAACAGAAAAGUCAAACAAGGAACCUCGAGUAUAG